AUGGCGCGUUCCGCAGAACUCACCGCCGACGAGCUCCAGCUCGAGUCCCUUGGCCACAAGGGCGAGCUGAAGCGUCAGUUCUCCUUCCUGUCCAUGCUGGGCCUUGCCUUCGCAAUCCUCAAUUCCUGGACCGCUCUCUCCACCUCGCUCUCCCUUGCCCUGCCGUCCGGCGGGCCUACUAGCGUUGUCUGGGGUUUGAUUACUGCCGGCAUCUGCAACCUCUGCCUGGCCGCCUCGCUUGCAGAAUUUCUCUCCGCCUACCCCACCGCCGGCGGCCAGUACCACUGGGUUGCCGUCAUCAGCUGGAAGGCUUGGGUGCCUGCUCUGAGCUGGACCACGGGAUGGAUCAACACCUUCGGCUGGAUCGCCCUCGUCUGCACCGGCGGCCUGCUGGGUAGCCAGCUUGUCGUCGGCGUCAUCUCCCUGGAGAACCCCAACUACGAGCCGCAGGCCUGGCACCAGUUCCUCAUCUACAUCGGCUACAACGUCCUGGCCUUCUGCAUCAACGCCUUUGCCAACUCGUCCCUGCCGUACGUCAACAAGGCCGCCAUUACCUGGUCCAUUGCCGGCUUCGCCAUCAUUUGCAUCACCAUCCUGGCAUGCGCCUCCCCCAACUACUCCACUGGGGACUUUGUUUUCCGCAAGUUCAUCAACGAGACGGGUUGGCCCGAUGGUAUUGCCUGGCUUCUUGGUCUCCUGCAGGGCGGUCUCGGUCUCACUGGCUUCGACGCCGUUGCCCACAUGAUCGAGGAAAUCCCCAACGCCGCAGUCGAGGGCCCCAAGAUCAUGGUGUACUGCGUCCUCAUCGGCACGUUCACCGGCUUCAUCUUCCUCGUCAGCCUUCUGUUCGUCGCUGGCAACAUCGACGAUGUCAUCUCUUCCUCGGCCGGUCCGCUGCUGCAGAUUCUCUUCAACGCCACCAACUCCCACGCUGGCGCCAUCUGCCUGCUCAUCUUCCCUCUCGUCUGCAUGCUCUUCGCCACCACCUCCAUCAUGACCACUUCGUCGCGCAUGGUCUAUGCCUUCGCACGUGACGGCGGUCUUCCCUUCUCGAGGCAUCUGUCCAAGGUCCAUCACGGCCUUGAUAUCCCGCUCAACGCCCUGCUCUUCACCACUUCCUGGGUCAUCAUUUUCGGGUGCAUCUUCCUUGGUUCCGACAGUGCCUUCAACGCCAUCACUGCCGCCUCCGUUGUCUCUCUUGGUAUCUCGUAUGGACUUCCCAUCGCCAUCAACUGCAUGCGCGGCCGCAAGAUGCUGCCACCGCGGAGCUGGACCCUGUCUGAACCGGUUGCGUGGGUUGCCAACUUGAUUGGCGUCGCAUAUGUCAUCGUUACCACCGUUUUGUUCGUCUUCCCGCCCGAGCUCCCCGUCUCAGGCUCCAACAUGAACUACUGCAUUGUCGUCUUUGCCAUUGUCAUUCUCAUCAGCAGCAUAACGUGGAUUUUCGAUGGCAGGAAGAACUACCGUGGCCCCAAGAUCGACGAGGGCUUGGAGGUGAUAGAAGCGACCAAGGUUGGUCCUAACGGCAGCGUGGAAGGCGACAACAAGGCGCAUAUGGAUGAUCCGGACUCGAAAUAUCCGGUGGAGGCUUGA